GAUGCCCUCACAGCCCUCGAAUGCUGGUAUCGUCACCGACGAAAACAGCGGCGACCGCGAGAUUCCACAGUCUGUUCGUGCAGAUGGUAGUACUCGCAGAGCUAUCAAGAUUCGUCCUGGCUACCGCCCGCCCGAGGAUGUCGAGGUCUACAAAAACCGCACCGCCGAAGCCUUCCGAGAGCGAGGCAAGAAAAUCGGCAUUCCUGGUGCCGCAGGUGUGAAGGAAGAGAGCUCCGAGCAAGGCUCUGCCGCUAGCAACAAGAAUGCCAAGCGCCGUGAGGCUAGGAAGAAGGCGAAGGCGACCGAGGGCGAUACCCCAGCUCCUGCCCAAGAGACCAAGACUGAGGAGGUCGAUCCUGAGGUCGAGCGCCAGAAGAAGGCUCGAAACCUUAAGAAGAAGUUAAAGCAGGCCAAGGAUCUCAAGAACAAGAAAGAGGAUGGUGAAGCGUUGCUUCCCGAGCAGAUCGCCAAGGUCAUCAAAAUCAACGAACUCAUCCGAGAGCUGGAUGCCCUUGGUUUCGACUCUGAAGGAGAGCCCAGGACGUCCGCAGAAAACGAGGACGAAAAGAAGGACUGAGAAGUGCACCCGACAUUUUUAACCAAACUUACGUCACGGCUAUACCAGCAAAUCGCUGCAAGUGAAUCUGCUGUUUUGGUUCCAAGCCCCCCAUCUUUAUGACGGCCAAUACAAAUUUACUCACGAUAUUUUUGGAGGGAAAAGAGUCCUCUACUUUCAUCCGCCACACCUCUGAUAAAACAGCACUUGCCUACCUGCGGGGCUAUAUCUACUGGUCGUGCUUGCGCCAUAGUCGCCGUUUGGGGGUGGAUUUGACCUUCAUCCCGCACUCAGCCCAAUCCCAGCUCUCUAUAUGACGCUCGCCGAAUGAAGCACCGCGCAAGUUAGUCAGGAUGUGUUCAAAGUGCCAAAUUGGAGCUGGGGAGGGGGGGGGCACGCCAACACCGCAGUUUUGGUACAACAAAUAUUCAGAGGAAAUAUGAGUUGAGUUGACA